UUGCUUUGCGCGUCAUUCAGUUCAGAAUUCUUCCUGCUACGAAAAUGUCGUACUUUCUUCUGUUUUUGUCGUCGAUAAUCCUGGUCUGCGGGGCUGCCGUGUGUCCGUGUGAGAAACCGGGGCUCUGUCAACAGAUCCGCGAGGAGAGAGACUUUGAGGUGUUUGUGUUUGACGUGGGUGGAAAGACAUGGAAGUCCUACAACUGGAGCAUGGUGACGACAGUGGCGACAUUUGGAAAAUACGAUGCUGAUCUCAUGUGUUACGCUCACUCCAAAGGAGCACGGGUUGUACUUAAAGGUGAUAUUCACCUCCCCGACAUCGUGGACCAAUAUAACAGGACGGCGUGGGUAACAGAGAAGGUAAACUUGGCCAAGAGGCAAUUUAUGGAUGGGAUCAACAUCGACAUCGAACAAGCAGUGGAGGAGGGCUCCCCGGAGUACCAUGCUUUGACAGACCUGGUCAAAGAGACCACUGAGGCCUUCCACAGCGCGAUCCCAGGCUCCCAGGUCUCAUUUGAUGUUGCCUGGUCACCAAAUUGUAUCGACAAGCGCUGCUACGAUUAUGUUACCAUCGCUGAAUCUUGUGACCUGCUGUUUGUGAUGUCCUAUGACGAGCAGAGCCAGAUCAGGGGGGACUGUAUCGCAAUGGCAAAUGCCCCACUCUCUCAAACGUUGAAUGGUUAUGACCAGUUUUUGAGUCUGACGAUCGAUCCAAAGAAGCUAGUCAUGGGAGUGCCAUGGUACGGCUAUGACUACCCAUGCCUUAACUUUUCCCAGGAGGGAGUAUGUUUUAUAAACAAAGUUCCUUUCCGUGGAGCCCCCUGUAGUGAUGCAGCUGGAACACAGAAAACAUACAAGUGGAUCAUGAAGCAGGUCAACAACUCAUUGUCCGGCAGGCUCUGGGACGACAAGCAGCACGCUCCUUACUUCAAUUACGAGGACCAGAAAGGACAGAUUCAUCAGGUUUGGUACGAUGACCCACAGAGUCUCUGUCCCAAGGCGGAGUCAGUGAAAUCUAAAGGUUUGAGGGGCAUUGGUAUGUGGAAUGGCAACAUCUUGGACUACAGUGAUGAACCGGUUGCCAAGCAGCAGACUGCAGUGAUGUGGAAUGCACUCUUAGGAUGCUAGCUGGGAUACACUCGACACUGCUGCAGAAAUGUACCUCACCCGUCCUGUUUGUUGCUAAGUCAAUAGAUCCCUUUGUAGCAGUAAUGGGGUGUGGCUUCUUUAUGGUCAGGGAUGCAUACUCGCACGCAAGUGUUUAUUAGGGCUUUUAUUGCUGUUGUCAUUGAAUGUAGUUACGUCUCUGACAUUACUCUGUGCAAACUGAAACAACUGAUUCUUGGAUGGUAAGACAACCAAUCUUUAAAGUGACAUAAACAGUUUUUUGAUUGACACAUUUUGAGCUAUUGAUUCUUUUGAUAAUUAAAACAUGUUUAACAUUUUAAA